AUGUCUAACAACAUGAACCCCAACGGCUGGCGCAACAUCUCUGGCAUUGGACAUGGCAGGGACUGGGGUGUGCCAUCUGGAAAGUCUUCCAAGAGUGGCAGCUCCAAAUCCACCAUGAAGCAGGGCUCUAGCAAUUUCAACUCUGCAAAGUCUUCCAACAAGGAUGCAUCCUCCAAGGGGCUCAAUGCAAAGGCUAAGCCUUUCGUGCCGGGAGGUAGCUCGUCGAAGAAUGAGAGUGAUGCUUAA